AAUCGCGUAAAUCGUUUACUCCUUGGUAUUCUAUUGACCGAUUUGACUUCAUUACGCAAUUAGGUUUCUGCCUGAUUUGCCACUUCGCACUCUAUCGACCCACAUUCGCAAUGGCUGACAAACCAACGUCGCCAACUCAUGCUAUGAUGAAGUCUGAUCCUACCUUCGGCGUUCAGCUUUCAACACAAUCUCUCCCAACUACUUCACAGCGCUCGUAUCAUCAGAUGGAGAAGUCAAUGGCACCAAUUGGACUUUCAACAGAGCAGGGCGUUAAGAAGCCGCUCGACAUCAGCAAUUUGAUGUCUCCUCCCGAACCUCCUCGCUUCGAUUCAUUCUCGCAGAGGCGCGAUUCUAAUUCCAUGGGUCCGACAAUAUCUGAUGUUCGACGAAUGGGCCCAAUUCCGCCUCUGUCGCCUCCCAUUUCUCCCGCAUCCAAGACCGUUGAUCACGCCGUCGCUGCUAUGUCUCCGACGACCUCUCCCGUGCAGGAUCCGAUCCUGUACCCCUCACAAGAUGUCACCAACUCACCCCAGCAGCGACCGCUCUUCGGUCAGGACGAACCCACCGAUAUCCGUCGAAUUGUGGACGACCAUGUCAAUUCGCGACCAGCGGAUCUCUUCAAAGAAGCGGCCCCACCGAAUCAGGAGGAUUAUGAGUUAUUCCUGUAUUUCAGUUCCCAGGUCAUGAAGCUUUACUCCAAGGAUCCGAAGGCAUGGCUGAAGCGCGAGCGUCAAUACUUAUUGUCGGACCGAAAAGCUGGAUCGCGCAACCAUCAGCUCAAGCUGCAGCCGAAACCAAUUCUUCCCGCCAAGCCGCAACAGAUUCGAAAGGAAACGCAGCGCGCUAAGACGAAGCCUGCCAAGGUCGUGAAGACAACACAGUCCCAACCCUCGGCACCCCGCCCAAUUCGAUCGUAUCCGGCCCCAGGUCCAGGCCAGAAUCCGCGCCAAGCUCCCAAACGCCUGCCCAGCGAGACAGCUGAUCCUUCGCCACGUCGCGCAGUUGCCCCGAACCGGGAGGAUAAAGACUUUGAGUCGCUUCCCAACUACUGUCCUCCCACCGAUACGCUCCAGGGCAAGGCCAACAGCCUGAAGGUGGAUUGGAAGGGAACCCCCAUCGAUCUGAGCAAUGAUGCGCAUCGGCAUCUGUUACACCCCGCCGAAGUUGCACUCGCCGCUAACCUUCGACUCGAUUGCGCUACGUACCUUACGAGCAAGAGACGGAUGUUCAUAAGACGCCGGGAGUGUCUCGAGGUGGGAAAGGAGUUCCGCAAGACGGAUGCGCAGCAGGCCUGCAAGAUUGAUGUCAACAAAGCCUCUAAAUUGUGGACGGCCUUUGAAAAGGUCGGUUGGCUCGACAAAGCCUGGAUGGGUCCUCACAUGUAAAGGACAUGUCCAUAUUUUUCUCCGUGGUCCGUCAGGCAUGGGUCAUCGCGCUCGGGCUGAGUUCCCACAAGCAACAAUUGGGGUUCUAUGGAUGAUUCGGAUAUUGAUCUGUGCAUACUCUGGGUCAGGGUUGGAUGGGCUAGCCUAGGGGCGGUUUGCAUUUUUUGAUCACAGACGAUCUCGGCGAUACACAUUUCCUUUCCUUUGUUACCCUGGUUUUAUUUGGGUUGGAAGGUCAACUCAUUCAACGGCACCAUAUCACAUGGGACACAGGUUCGGUUUUCGGCACGCAGCAUAACAGAAUUACGAUGAUACCCGGAGUGAGCAGAUUCCUAUCCCCAUAGUUACUCCACUCCACAUGAGGAAUUCCCCUUUUCGGUCUACAGGAUUUCAGUCGGUUCAGCAGUUACUCGGUUCGUUUUGGUUCGGCUUCGGUUAGGUUUGGGCUUUACGCCAACCAGGGAUAUACCUUUGCAUCACCUGUGGCGUUAUAUCGGCCUUGCAGAGAAGGAACGUUUUUAAGGUUUAAUGACAGAAUGUCAUGGACGCGUAGCUGCGCAUAAUGAUGCUCAAGCAUAGUUUGGCCCCUGACAACAUCGUGAACGACAUGGUAGAUAGAUAUCUACUUAUAACCGUUGAUAGGUUAUCAAAUAUGAUGCUCAAGGGCGCUACCUAUAACUAUUAACAGAAUGCGAUCAUGCCCUCAUG